GAGAGCACCGGAGCGAUGAGGAGCGCGGCGCUGCGGCGCUGCCUGGCCCCGGCGCUCGCCGCCGCGCCGCCCCCGUGCCCGCCGCGCCGCGGGCUGAGCGCGCCGCUGCCCCGGGCCGGCAGCGCGGCGGCGGCCGCCCGCAAAGUCACCGACAAUGCAAAGAAUUCCUUGGCCUCUCUUCAAAGAGAAAACCCUCAUUUUGAGCCAACACUUGCCAUUAUUCAGGCACAUAAUGACCAGUUGAUUCAAGAAGCAAACAAGAACUUUGCCAAAGAGAUUGGUCUACGUGUUAUUCACAUCUGUCUUCCUGAAGGCAGCACCCAAGAUGAGAUUGUCAGUGAAAUCUUGAGACUCAAUGAGGAUCCUAACGUGCAGGGCCUUGCUCUUGACCUCCCAGAAAGCUUAUAUAGCAGUAAGGUAUUAAAUGCUGUGAAACCAGAGAAAGAUGUGGAUGGAUUAUCCAGUGUGAACCUAGGACGUUUGGUACAUGGUGAUGUCUGUGACUGUCUAGUUCCUCCUACAGUGUGUGCUGUGAUGGAACUUCUUGAAGAUAUAGGUGGGAAGAAGGUGCUGCUGGUGGGAGCGCGCGGGGCAGAGGGUGCUGCCCUGCAGAGUGUGCUGCAGCGCCAGGGAGCCGCCGUGCUCAGCUGCCACUGGAAAGCCCCACAGCUGCAGAGUGAGCUCCGUCACGCAGACGCGGUGGUGUUCGGCAGCACGAAACCCCACGAUGUUCCUGUGAGCUGCAUAAAGCCUGGGGCCACUGUCAUCAAUUGUGCUCAUGAUCCUCUGUCAGAGAAACACAGCUAUGGUCAGCAGAACAACCCUGCUGCUGAAAAGACUGUUGGUUCUCUUGCAGUAGCAAUGAGAAUGCAGAACAUGGUAAAAAACAUGGAGCGAUGGAUCCAGUCCCAGCAGCGCAGGAAGUGGGACCUCCACAGCUUGAAACUGCAGCCCCUCUCCCCAGUGCCCAGUGAUAUUGAGAUUUCCCGUGCACAGAGUCCAAAAGCUGUUGAUGUACUUGCCAGGGAGAUAGGAUUGCUUACAGAUGAAAUUGAGAUCUAUGGCCAAACCAAAGCCAAAGUACGUUUGUCCCUGCUGGAAAGGUUAAAGGAUCAACCAGAUGGAAAAUAUGUUCUAGUUGCUGGAAUAACCCCUACACCCCUAGGAGAGGGGAAAAGCACAGUCACAGUUGGUCUCGUUCAGGCGCUUACUGCACACCUUAACAUUAAUUCCUUUGCUUGUCUGAGACAGCCUUCUCAAGGACCCACUUUUGGAGUGAAAGGUGGAGCAGCUGGAGGUGGAUAUGCUCAAGUGAUCCCCAUGGAGGAGUUCAAUCUUCAUUUGACUGGAGAUAUUCAUGCUAUAACUGCUGCAAAUAAUUUGCUGGCUGCUGCUAUUGAUGCUAGGAUCUUGCAUGAGAAUACUCAAUCUGAUAAGUCUCUGUAUAACAGGCUGGUUCCGGUGGUUAAUGGCGUGAGAGGAUUUUCUGCUAUUCAGCUUGCCCGUCUGAGAAGGCUUGGAAUAAACAAGACUGAUCCUGAGACUUUAACAGAAGAGGAGAUCAGCAAAUUUGUGCGCCUUGAUAUUGACCCAUCGACCAUAACAUGGCAAAGAGUGGUGGAUACAAACGACAGAUUCCUGCGCAAAAUAACGGUUGGGCAGGCAAACACGGAGAAGGGAUUUGUCCGUCAGGCUCAGUUUGAUAUUGCUGUUGCAAGUGAGAUUAUGGCCAUCCUGGCUCUUACCACCAGCCUUCAAGACAUGAAAGAAAGACUGGGGAGAAUGGUGGUGGCUAAUGACAAGAAAGGACAACCAGUAACAGCAGAGGAUUUGGGAGUAACUGGUGCUUUGGCAGUUUUGAUGAAAGAUGCAAUUAAGCCCACGCUAAUGCAGACAUUAGAGGGAACGCCAGUAUUUGUUCACGCUGGACCCUUUGCUAACAUUGCACAUGGAAAUUCUUCUGUUUUGGCAGAUAAAAUUGCUCUUAAAUUAGUUGGAGAGAAAGGAUUUGUAGUAACUGAAGCUGGCUUUGGUGCUGACAUUGGGAUGGAGAAAUUCUUCAACAUCAAAUGCAGAGCAUCUGGCUUGGUUCCCAGUGUGGUUGUACUUGUUGCUACAGUGAGGGCUUUGAAGAUGCAUGGAGGUGGGCCAAAUGUAACUGCUGGUGCCCCCUUGAAGAAAGAAUACACAGAAGAGAACCUCCAGCUGGUAGCUGAUGGCUGCUGUAAUCUGCAGAAACAGAUUCAAAUUACUCAGCUCUUUGGAGUUCCUGUUGUGGUUGCUCUAAAUGUCUUCAAGACUGACUCUCCAGCUGAGGUUGACCUGGUGUGUAAGAUUGCAAAGGAGUCUGGAGCAUUUGAUGCUGUACCCUGCAAUCACUGGUCGGCUGGUGGUAGAGGAGCAGUAAAAUUAGCUCAAGCUGUGGAAAAGGCAGCCAAUCAAAAAAACAGUUUCAAAUAUCUCUACAGCUUAGAGCUUCCUAUUGUUGAAAAAAUACGGAUCAUUGCUCAGAAGGUGUAUGGAGCUCAGGAUAUCGAGCUGUCUCCUGCUGCGCAGUCCCAAGUUGAUCGUUACACCCGGCAGGGAUUUGGAAAUCUUCCCAUUUGCAUGGCAAAAACUCACCUAUCCCUCUCCCAUCAGCCUGAGAGGAAGGGUGUUCCCACUGGUUUCAUUUUGCCGAUUAGCGAUGUGCGAGCCAGCAUUGGAGCUGGAUUCAUCUACCCUCUGGUAGGAACGAUGAGCACCAUGCCAGGACUGCCCACAAGGCCAUGCUUCUAUGACAUUGACCUUGACCCCAUCACAGAGCAAGUGAAAGGAUUGUUUUGAGAGUGACAUCCAAAUUCAGUCAUUUCGUCUUGUCAUGCCCAUGUCUGCAGCUAAACACAGCUAUGCCAAGGAAGGAGAGGAGCUCAGCCAUGGUGUGGUAAUGUGCCAGAUGUGAGCAAAGCACGGGACUCUUACCUGGCUUCCCAGAACCCAGGAAAGUAUUUGGUGCCUGGCUGCUACCACAAAGGGCCAUGCACUAGAGGGUUGUCCAUGGGUUCUCCAUCAGUACAGUCCUUUUGAAGUUCGUUUGUGCUUGGGGAAGGACACACUAAGCUAACAUCCUGUCCUGGUCCCAAAAUAAUCUUGCUGCUGCCUUUGGUCCUUGAUGUGAAAGGCUGGGUCAGAUGCAAGGGUCAGUUGGACAGUUCUCACUCUCAGUUGUCAGCUGGAUUUGUGUGAAGCAGUGUCAGGUACAGGAAUAUUUUCUGUGGGUUUCCCAAGGUGGGAUUCAAACACAAUGGAUGCAAAAUCUUCAGGAAUUAUGGGUGCUCAAUCAUUAGGCCAUAACAGAGCAGAAAACACCCUGGGAGCACAAAUUAAUAAAAUGGGGAAGGUGGGGGAAGAAAUUGAGCUUUGCAGGCACACAGUGGACAGUGUUCCUGUUUUCUAAAUAGCUAAAUGAAGUCCCAGCCAUGUGGUUUGCAUUAGUACUGGGUUUUUCACAUACUUCUCAUGGCUAGAUUUCCAAGCAGCUUCUCAGCUUCCCUGCAGAGUUUCAGCCAGGACCUUACCCAUAUGGAACGGGUCUCAAGCCCUGGGUUUGUUCUUGGUGGCCCAUGGGUCUGCCGUGCUGACACCCACCCAGUCAGCCAGGGGUGAGUGUGGGAGGCAUGUGCAAACUCUCCCCUCCACUGAAUUACUAGGGUGGUGAGGGAGGGUGUUCCCCCUUUAAACAUGCAUGUUUUCAUAGAAUUUUCUUUGGAGAAAAUAUUUUAGAGAAAAAUUUUUAGGCCGAGAUAUGACCCCCUGCUUGAGAAGGUUGGAAUGGAAACACUGAAAGCUCCUUCAGGCAUUUGUCCUGAGAACAGGACUGCUGUGCUAUACAUGUUACCAUUCACUGUGGAGUUAAGGCCAGGGUAUUUACGUAAAGUAAGCUAAAUUCAAAUAUUUUCACAAGUGUGGUUAUAAUAAUAGUUCCCUACUCCAUGUGGUUGAGUGUAAUGUAUUACAUACACACAAACAUGAGCAAGAAUCAAUUUGUGCAUGCAGGUUUUAUGUAAAAUCCCCAAUAUUUGCUUCCCCAGUAAAAUUUUUAACUUAGACCUUUUGAGUAAUGAUUGGGAGGAGCUAAACUGCUACAUACCAGCACAGGCUCAACCGGACAAGACUCUGAUGAACCUUUUUAAAGCAGCCCUGUACUGGGUGAUCUCCAGGUCCCUUCCAAGGUAAACUGUUCUAUGUUCCUAUGAGCUGAGAUGUUAGCAGAAAAAGUUAGCCCUGAGGAAGCCCAGAGCUGGAGUACACCCCACAAACACGCCACAGGCACCUUAAGAACUUGACUUGGCCGAGUACUAAUAAAAAAGAGGAUGUAUCAAAUACAAGUCAUGCCCACUUCUAUGCAAUACACUAAAUCAAGGUUUAAGUUAUGACAUUUUAAAAGCUAAAUUGUUUCCCACUGGGCAAUUUCCAUCAUGCUCUUUCAACUCAAUUACCAUCAACAUCUGGUCGAAGUUACAUUCUUAAUGCCAAAGAAGAGUUUCAGCUUUUCAGGAUACAGCUUGUUAGUUGCCUGUAUAAUGCAGGCCCUGCAUGUUCUUAUCACACACACAGCUUAGAUUUUUCUCCAGAAAAAUACAAUUAUGGCUGUAUUUGUACAAAACGUGUAUUAUGUACAUGACAUGUAGCUGCACCACUAUAUGAACUCUAGGAUAUUUCCUUCCAUUUUCUUUUUUGAGGAACGGCUGAAGGGGAGGAGAAUGUCUGACUUGGGACAGCAGACCAGCCCCUACACAGCUUUCAGUCAGACAAUCUCUGCAAGGACACAAAAUCUCUUUUUUCACUGGUUCUAUGCUUGGGUGCAACACCUAUUCCCACUCAGCUCCAGCUCAUCUCCAUCACCUUGGUGUCUCCUUUGCAGUCAGAAAAAGUUCUAUUUGCCAACCUGUUGGUUUUUGUCCAAAUGUUUGAGGUAAGUGAACUCUCCCUGAGGGAGGUUUCUGGGGAGAGCAACAAAACCAACAUCUUAACUCCCAUCUGCUCUUUAUGACAUUAGCUUGAGGUGUCAGUUUAAUGAACCAGGCCCUGCACAUCAGGGCCAUACAAAGGUUGAUCACCCCCCCAUGUUUAGAAUGAUAAUUGCUGUCAUUCAGUGUCAGACACUAACACCCGCCAAAAGCUUGGUCAUCCAGGAUGAAACCUGUAUCUAAUUCUGCUUCUUGAACUACUGAAGGUCAGGCAGACCUUAAACCUCAGUCCUGUCAGUAAUAGCCAAGUAUUCAAGUUACUGAAUUCUCAAUAGUAUGGGGGAAAUGAUAAAUAAUUAAAGAAGAAAAACUAUGAAGAUGGUAAAUGAAGGAACAAAGUAUAGUGUAGCCUCUCUCUGCAUAGGAAUCAAGUUCACUCUUUUGGGGCAGAUUUGUAUGAAAGCAGUUGUAAAUCAAGGUAAGUCUAAGAAGUAAUUUCACUAAAUCUCACAUAAAAAAUUCCUUUAAGUGGAGCAGUAUAUAACUUAGCACCAAUAGUUCUGAAGAAGGCUGUAUAUAAAGCAAAACUCCAUUUAACUGCAAAUUGCUGCUGAAAAGGGAACUUUUAAUACUAAUUUGAUAUUAAAGAAAUACACUAAAUCAGCACAAUGUAUUGAAGUGUAACUAGGAAAUAGUAGAUAAAGAGAUGACCAGCAAGUGAAAAAUGUUGUUGGUUAAAAAAAAAGUCUAAAAUAGCUUCUGUGAUAAUAAUGCUCUUGGAAAGUUAAUGCUGCUGGAGAUGACCAAGAGCCAAUUCAUAGCAAGGUGUUGAAAGGUGUUUCCCAUCAAUUCUACCUCACAGUAUGGAUUACCAGUCCCCAGAGACAGGAAGAAGAUCUUGCAUUGAGCUUGUGCCUGGCAUUACCUACAGCAACUGCCGGGGAUCAGAGGGGUGGCAGCAAUUGCCAUGAAGCCCAGAGAGGGGGAGGCUCCAGGCUCAGAUUCCUGUAUUUACUGAGUCCUCCUCCUACGUGCCUCCUCUGUGGCAGGUAACUGCAACAGAUAACCUCACCUUGGCUAAAUUUGGACAUCUCUAUCCCACAACUGCAGUAACUCAGCAACAAACAAACCACACACCAGCCUGGAGGCAGAAAUGGAAGAGUUAUACCCAGUAUGAUUUAAACACGUCUGGGAGCCGUGCAGACAACCUGCAAUUAUCAAACCAAGAAUUUCACGAGCUGUUUAAAAGACAGAUGGUUUCUUUUUCUAACCCUUUGGAAAGGACCAACAGCAUCCUCAUCCAACACCGUGCUUGGGGAAAGAGUACUUGGGUGCCAAAAUGAUUCCUUAAAGCACUGCUUUUCUGCUGGUAUUCCAGUUUUGUCCCUUUAAGCUCUGACAAAAGAAAAAAGACUCAAAACCUCACUCUUUCACAGUGAGAGGAUCCCAUCAAAUAUAUUUGUGUAUCUGCAAAUGGAUUCUUACCCCAAACCUCUUUAAUGCUCAGGUUUUUCCUCUGUUUGACGACAAGUGGUAGGAACAAACUGACAGAAGAACACCCUGUUUAAUCCUGUAUAAGGGAUGAUAAAGUGAACCUACAGAGCCAAAUCCAAACAUUUAGAGAGACAAGCCUGGAUGCACCGAAGCAAUUAGGCUUGCAUACUUGGGAAAACACGUUUGGGGAGGACCUUUUGCAGAACUCCUGAAGUAAAGUGGCUGUGAAACCCAGCUGUGGCAGGGAGACAUGCUGGGAGAGCCAUACCUUACUUAGUGCAACUGAAAUGGAAAUAGUCCAAGUAAUCAUUUACUCAUCUACAUAAACCUGAACCUUAAAUUUAGCAGCAUUUCACCUUUUGACCUAGAAUUUUACAUUGCUUCAACCAGCCUGACUUGAGCCUGAACAGCUACAGAAAUGUUUACAGCCAUCUGCUGCAGCAGGAUAGGAAAAAAACUCGCCUGGAUCUUGAAACCAAUGUCUGGGGACACUGCAGACACAAUCAGCACUGGAUCAUCGGACUCACUGCAGACAUUUGCCAUCAUGCCACCAAGCCCAAGGGCUGGCCAGAGCACCCCACAGCACCCCACCUUACAAACAGGGGAAAUCCUGCUACCUGCAGCCCACCACCAGGUGAAGAUGUUGGUGUUUACUAUGUGGAAAGGUGUGCAUGACAGAUGUAAAAAAAAACUCAAAAAACCUCUCCCAAAAUUUAUAAACUUAAAUGCUGGACUCAAAAA